AUGGAGGAGAGGGCGGAGGUCGAGAGGCGAAAGGUGGUGAUCGAGAAGAAGAGGGUGGUGACCGAGGAGCGGCUGGCAGCAACCGAGGAGAAGAAGGUCGAGCUAGAGGAGAGGAAGAUGGUGGCCGAAGAGGUUAAGGCGGUGGAGGACAAAGCAAAAAAAAAUAUGUUCAUGGACAUAAGUGGCCUCGAAGCAAAGCAAAAAGCAUUUGUGGAGCUUUGUCAUGACGAAAAUGAUCACGAAGAAGACCAUGAUCAUGAGGAACUUGAUGGGUGGCCUCGGAGGAGGAAUGGGUGGCAUGGGAGGAGCAAUGGGUGGCUUGGAAGGAGCAAUGAGUGGCAUGGGGGAGGAAUGGGAGGAGGAAUGGGCGGCUACAUCGAUAUGAUGGGAGGUGGCUUUGGUAACACAAUGGGUGGCACAGGAGGUGGCUUCGAUGGCAUGAUGGGCGGCGUAGGAGUCGGCUAUGGUGGUAACAUGAUGGCAUGA